CUGAGUUCGUUCUCCGGCUGCGCAGAUUGCCACGUUGCUGCAGAAAGACACCGGACUACGACACCGGACUACGACACCAGAGGAUAUUGUCUGGUCACUCCAGGCUGUUUAUCACACCGGUGUUUUAGGAUUCUGCCGGGUGGAGCGUGCACUCUAUUGGAAUACAAUUGUCAGUGGAAAUGCUGACCGAUAUGAUAGUGGAGGAAGAGUUUGAGCUCAAGGAUGAGGAGCCAUGGUAUGGCAAACAAGACCUUGAGCACGAUCUCCAUUUGGCGGCUCAGCUGGGUAAGACCCUGCUGGACCGGAACCAUGAGUUGGAGCAGGGGCUGCAGCAGAUGUUCUCCACCAACCAGGAGCAGCUGCAGGAGAUUGAGUACCUGACUAAGCAGGUGGAUUUGCUGAGGCAAAUGAAUGACCAGCAUGCUAAGGUAUACGAGCAGCUAGAUGUGGCGGCCAGAGACCUGGAGCAGGGCAACCACAGGCUGAUUCUGGACAACCGCGUCGCCCAGCAGAGGAUCAACUGCCUGACAGAAACGAUCAACAGUCUUGAGACCCACAUGGAGGACUUGCAGACCCAGGUGGAGGAGCUGAGGACAGCCCAGUCUGACCGGAGCAGGAGAGAACUGGCCGAACAGAGACACAACCUCGGAGCACAGAGUGUGUCCUGCCUCAAGGAGCUGUAUGACCUGCAGAAAGACAAGUACAUGGCCUAUGAGAGCCUGCUUGUGGAGCAUUCCUGGCCAGCAAGGAAGGAGUCCUGUCAGGACCCAGACCCCGAUGAGGAGAACUCUGUGCUCCAGCGCUCCAUCCAGACCCUGCAGGCUGUUCUGGCCUCUGAGCGGGGGAAGCGGGAGGCAGCGGAACAGGAGACUGAGCUGACUGCCAGGGAGAACGGGGCUCUGGAGCAGCGGCUGGCCCUGCUGGAGGGCUACCGGGCUAGGCAGAGGGAGCUGGAGGCAGAGGUGGAGGAGCUACGGCAGCUGUGGCAGGCCGACUACGCCAACAGCGUCAGGAGACCUGACCGGCUACUGCUGCCCGACACUGUCUUCUUCGCCCCAGAGGAGAAGCCCAGUCUGGUACAAAAGGAGGAGGAAGUGGGGGAGCAGGGGAGGCGCAGCCUGCAGAGGUGCAACAGCGAAAGUGUUCUGAAGGGGACACUAGCAGACGACAUCCGGCGGGGGCAUGAGCGUACAUGUAUCAGAAGAGCAGAGGCGGUGAAGCAGAGAGGAAUCUCCCUGCUCAAUGAGGUGGAUGCCCAGUAUAGUGCACUGCAGGUCAAAUACGAGGAGCUUCUGCGGCGCUGCCAGCUGGGGGCAGACGGGCUCAGUCACAAGGCCGUGCAGACACCCCACAGUUCCCACGGCACUGUCGGUUACCCCCGACGGCGCCUCUCAAGCUCGGCCACCUCCAUCGGGCUCCCAGCUGUCCCCGAAGACAACGGGCCUCAGCCGGAGUACAAGGCCCUUUUCCAGGAGAUCUUCACCUGCAUCCAGAAGACCAAAGAGGACCUAAGUGAGAACAAGUGGCCGAGUCCGGGUCAUUGACUCUGGAGACAGUGAUGGCAGUAUUUGUUCUUUCUGCACAUUUGAUUGGACUGUUCAAGAGGAUGUUGCUAUAGGAGAGGGCCUCAAAUAGCAGAUUCCAAAGGGUGUGUUCUGUGUGUGUGUGCGCACGUGCACUAACACCUGUACCUCUUAUACAACAUGUGCCCUGUUGUCUCCUUCAAUCCUGUCAACGCUAUCACCUCGACACGCUCCGAUGGUUUCAUAAGCACUUUUCUUAUCUACCGUCCAUCCUUUUGACUACUUUCCAUCCUUAUCUACAAGUUUGUUUUGACGCAAACAUUUCCAGGUCAAAGGUUGAUAAAUGGAUUGUUUGAGUCCUGAUGCUAUCACCUCUUAGCAUCCGACUACUCUUAUGCCUCAUUUAGCUCGAUUAGAUGGCACCACCUCUUCACUUGAAGUCAAUGGGUGCAGUAAUAUUUGCAACCAGGGGUUUUCUAUUCUUUUGUUUUCUACUAAAUUAAAGUAAUCAUAGCAAUUUAGAAUGGUAUGUGCAUGUACCAUAGAUUUGGUCUUGCAGCUUAAUGAGUAUGCCUACGCUGUGUUUGAAAGUGUUUGUUUGUAUGCUGAUACCACGUACAGAACCACCAUUGUACAGAUCUUGAACUUGCUUAGACUAUCUAGCAGUCUGUGUUCAAUCCACUUAGUGUUAAGUCUGUCAGGGGGAGCCAUACCUUUUGUGCACACUGUACAUAUUGCCAAAUUAUAGAUUUAACUACAUCCGUGUACCUUUUUUUAUUAUGCCAAUUUAAGAGUACUGGACUAGAUGGAGUACUUUAUAGAUGCACUAUAUAUAUCUAUAUCUCCACACAAAAGUAUGUGGACACCCAUUCAAAUUAGUGGAUUUGGUUAUUUCAGCUACACCUGUUGCUGACAGGUGUAUAAAAUCGAGCACACAGCCAUGCAAUCUCCAUAGACACACAUUGGCAGUAGAAUGGCCUUACUGAAGAUCUGUGUGACUUUCAAAGUGGCACCGUCAUAGGAUGCCACCUUUCCAAAAGGUCAGUUCAUCAAAUUUCUGCCCUGCUACAGCUGCCCCGGUCAACUGUAAGUGCUGUUAUUGUGAAGUGAAAACAUCUAGGAGCAACAACGUUUCAGCCGCGAAGUGCUAGGCCACACAAGCUCACAGGACGGCAACGCCGAAUGCUCACUACCGAGUCCCCAACUGCCUCUGGAAGCAACGUCAGCACAAUAACUGUUUGUCAGGCGCUUCAUGAAAUUUCCAUGACCGAGCCUGGGUUUCCAUGACUGGAGCAUAAGAUUGCCAAUCGUUGGCUGGAGUGGUGUGAAGCUCGCCGCCAUUGGACUCUGGAGCAGUGGAAACACGUUCUCUGGCGUGAUGAAUCACGCUUCACCAUUUGGCAGUCCGACGGACGAAUCUGGGUUUGGCGGAUGCCAGGAGAACGCUACCUGCCCCAAUGCAUAGUGGCAACUGUAAAGUUUGGUGGAAGAGGAAUAAUGGUCUGGGGCUGUUUUUUAAGGUUUGGCUAGACCCUUCAGUUUCAGUGAAGGGAAAUCUUAACGCUACAGCAUACAAUUAUAUUUUAGAUGAUUCUGUGCCUCCAACUUUGUGGCAACAGUUUGGGGAAGGCCCUUUCCUGUUUCUACAUGACAAUGCCCCAGUGCACAAAGUGAGGUCCAUACAGAAAGGGUUUGUCGAGAUUAGUGUGGAAGAACUUGACUGGCCUGCACCGAGCCCUGAACUAAACCCCAUCGAAUGCCUUUGGGAUGAAUUAGAACGCCGACUACCAGCCAGGCCCAACAUCAGUGCCUGACCUCACUAAUGCUCUAGUGGCUGAAUAGAAACAAGUUCCCACAGCAAUGUUCUAACGUCUAGUGGAAAGCCUUUACAGAAGAGUGGAGGCUGUUAUAGCAGCAAAGGCGGGACCAACUCCAUAUAAUGCCCAUGAUUUUGGAAUGAGAUGUUCGACGAGCAGGUAUUCAUGUACUUUUGGUCAUGUAGUGUAUUUAUGGAGGUUGGGCCUAUAGUAGUCAACAUUGAUUUAUAGAUAGAUUGGCCUGUAAUACUAGAGAAUCAUAAGUGAACACUGGAAAAGGCCCAGUCUGUUCUCACUGUUUAAUGGUUGUUUGUGUAAUGUGUGUCCCUAUAGCUACCUCUGCCAACAGGACACAUCGCGGCUUUGCACUGACUUAAAAAAAAAACAUGUAUUUAUUUGACAAUUAUUUCGACGAUGAGAUGGUAUUUAUUUCUCUAUGCUAAUAUUUGUCAUUUGUCACUGUAUUCCAGAUCUAGAAUGUGAUUGUUGUUGUAGCGAAUGCUGAUUCAGAAGUUCAGUGGCGUUGAGUUUGACUGACACUGAGGUUCAAAGUAUGAUAAGGUGCUUCUUAAUUGAAUAUGUGAAACUUAAGCGGAAGUGUUAACACAACAGAAAAAAAUAAGAUAUAUGAUUACGGUUGCAGUGAGUUGUCUUUUAAUUUGUGGAUCCCUCAACCAAAGGUGCUUAAUCUCAAAGCCCUAAGUAUGGUAGACUGCUCAGCAAUAUCCUGCCUAUAGACCACAACAAAUGAGGGUAGGCGCAGUAGAUUCUGUCAUACAGACACUGAGACACUUCAGAUAACCAAGAACAAGAGGUCAGAUCAAUCCAUAUCUUUUCCAUCUCAAGUCCAAUGCUUCUCGGUGUCUGGUUUGCCAGAUGGGUUUACUGUUUCUUACUUGUGAUGGACUGAAAAGUAGAAACACAAAGCCUGUCAAUAUUGACUUCCUUUUUGCUCCAUUCAAAAUACUUGUCUACUUGGUGUCUCAGGGCAGAUGUCAAAAUAGUAUUUAUAUUCCUUACAAGGAGAUACAUAAAAGCAGCAGGACUAGAGUUGUGUGUAUUAGAUGAAUAUAUCAUCUGGAUUAGAUGAUCAGUAGCCAAAUGGUCAGCUGAGGAAUUACCUGUUAUAGCCUACUUCUUUGUUUCAGGAGUUUAUUCAGAACAGUGGAAGAUGGACCAGGGGAUCAGUUAGAACUUGUUCUCUGUUGUGUAGAUUCACAUCACCUCCAUGACUGUUCUGUUUUGAAUAAACCCCAUAACAGUCUCUGGGUUCAAAAUGCAGCUGUACAUCAACAAUGGUGAACUUCAAGUUGCCCUUCCUCCCUCUACGACCAGGGUCCAUUAUGACGUUACUUAUCCUGGACCGAGACUCAAACUUGACUUCCAUUUUGUGUUUUACAUCAAAUUAGAACUUGAAAUGAUAUUAUUUGGCUGAACUAUUUAUUAAUUCUAUACUUUGAUAUAAUGAGAACUAUUACAAAUGGCAAUUUCAUAGUAAUAUACAACUGUAAUUAAUAUAUAGAUGCAGCCUAUAUAGUAAGAUGUCAUAGAUCAGCAUUACAAGUGUUCUCCAUGAUGACUAACACAUGCUUACAGUGAACCAAUAAAAAAAUUAUUGUGCCAGA